UGGCAUUUAAUUGUUGUUGAUUUUUGCUUGCAAAAACAAAAAAAUAAUAUUUUUGUUACUUUGUUUAUGUUUUUAUGUGUUAAUUUUAAUGUUUAGCUAAAAUCAUGAAUAAUUUCAAUUUUGAUUUGGACAAUAAUGUAGACGAAGAUUUCUUUGGCUCCUUAAAGGGCAACAAAUCUUCUAAACUGCAGCAGCUCUUUGGUGAAGAGACCUUAUCAUCUGAUGAUAAACAACAAUCGUUAAAAUAUCAACGACCCAAAGCAAAUGAUUUAAAAAGUAAAGAAUUUAAAGCAGAAAAUGCCACUACAACAAAUGCCAACAGUAUAACUUUACUGGCCAAAGUAGUGACUGCCUAUAAACAGGGCGAACUGCAGGGUAAAGUGGGCUUGGCUUUAAUACAAAAUCCUGAUAAUAGCUGUAAUAUAAUAAUGUAUAAGACCAAAGUGAAUAUAUUAGCAACAUUGCAAUUAUCAACCCAACAGGAUUUACUAUAUAAACAAAACAAAUAUUGGCAAUUUUAUGCAGAGGAUAGCGUUUAUUGGAGUUUUAGCUUUGAUACUUUAAAAGACGAAGAUGAGUUUGUAUAUAAUAUACAAACUAAAGGAAUAAACUUUAAAGAAACCCAAGAAGAUAAUAAACAAUUGCAAGAAGAAACAAAUACUACUGAAGCUCAAAGUAUAAAUGUUGAACAUGAUUUCAAUAGCUUCAUACCGGCAGACGCUACUAAAGAAUCAAAAAAUUCUUUAAUAAAACGUAUGGCUAAAAUGGGUAGACCUUUGCCGACUUUAUCAUCAACAAAUCAACAUACUACCACCGAGUACAGUGAUUCUUCAGAUACCGAAGUUAUUAAAACACCUUUGACCUCCACGCAAAAACCUGGCAUACCCGCUAGAAGUAGUAAAUUAACCAGCAUUAAAUCACAACAGCAAAUGGUAACCGCAAUAGCGGCUUACAAUGCAGCUCAAGCAACGACUAGUGCUGUAUAUCCUGUAAAUCCUUUAGAAUCCCAGUAUAUGCAAAUGCUUUUAACAGAACAAAGAACUCAAGGUUCAGAGUUACGCAUGAAUAUGAAUAAAUUGGAAAAUAAAAUUGAAAAAGUUUUAGAUAAACUAGAGCUUUGUGAUAGAAUGGACAGCAAGCAGAAACCAGAAAGAGAUGAUGAAAUUUUGGAAUUAGAAGAAAAACUGUUAAUGCUCAAGAAAGAAAAUAGAAAACUAAAACAAAAUUUACAAGAACAAUCAUUAAAAGAUAAGGAAGAAGAGAAAAUACAAGAUAUUAUAGAGGAGUUUAAAGAAGAUUUUAAUUAUCUUAAAAUAGAAUACAAGCAAGAUUUAAAAACUAUAAUAAAAGAAUUAACUAAAAAAUUAAAAGAAGAAUUUAAACUUAAAGAGGAAACAAGAGAACAAUUGGUUAAUAACGACAUACAAAUUAAGGAAUUGCAAAAGGAUUUAAUGACUAAAAGCAGUCAUAAUAAGGAUUUAGAAAACGAAGUUAGAUUACUAAAAGAACAAGCAAAGGAUUUGGAACUAAAAUUAAAUAAAAAAGAAUCUGAAGUAUUAAAACAAAAUGAGGAAUUAUUAAAACUACAAAAACAAUUAGAGGACAAAAAACUAGAUUUAGCGAAAACCCCAGAUAAUGCUUUAGUAAAAUCUAUAAUGAAUAAUUUAUAUGUGGAUAUAGCAGAAAAAUUAGAUAGAUCCAAUUUACCACAAAGUGAACAAAUUUUAUCAUUGAUAGCUGCUUCCAUAAGACAACAAACUUUGAAAUCUUUACAACAAAUAAAGCUACAAGAAUAAAAAGACAAUCUCAUGGAAGAGAUUUAAAACUAAAGUAUUCAUUUAUAAUGCGCCUGUAAAGUAAUGUAUAUCUAAAUAAAAAUAUUGUUCUAAAAAAUAAAUAAUUUUUUUUAUUAAUCACCAA